UUUCACUACAAGUUUUUUAGUACGAGGAAGUAUGACAUUUUUUUUAUAAAUCGUUCGAAUAAUUAAGAUUUAAUUGAUAGAAUUAAACGAACGCAGACGGAGCAAAUUACAAAACACGAUUACAUGCAGAUUACAGAUAUGUCAAGCAAAACAAAAACUAUUUUUGCUAUUGUAGUUUUUUCAUUGUGUUGUGCGAUUGAAGCUCAAUCAUUUUUACCACGGAUGAUUAACCCCAGGUCAAACGACACAAACUUGAAUAACAGUAUCAUUUUCAAAAACGAAGAAUGUAGUUUGACGGUGAAUAACGUAUCACAGGCCGACUUUACAUACAAUAUUCUGAAACAUCGGUACAAUUUCGUUUAUUUAAAAUUAAAGUUUGUGAACUUUAGUGUUAAUGCUACACAAAAUGUUUUUGCAAAAACUAAUUGGAUUUGGACAUACGAAGGAGAAAGGGGAGCACAUCAAUAUCUUUACAUACCAGAAGAUUUUGGUUACAUGUCUUUUGGAUUACUUUGGGCGCAUACAAAGAAAGAAAGGAUUGCUAUUGAUAUCGAAAAGUCUGGAGAAUGUAAGAACCUCACAAUAGGCAAUAAAGACACAGAUUAUCUUAUCGGUCAGGCAUUAGGCAACAUGACAUCAGAAAUAGCUUCAAAAUAUGAAAUAUAUAACUCUAGCCUUUGGUGUUACAAUAAACGUAUUUGGAUACACUCAAAAUUUUUAUAUGAAUUAUGCAAAAAUUCAAUAUGCACAUUCCAAACAAUUGAAUAUGAAUGCUGCAAAUUUACUUUUGAUUAUAUAAAAAAGACCCGUAUAAUUCAGUGUCACAAUGAACAUUAUCAUUAUGGAGCACUCUGGUGGAUCCUACCCAUUAUAGCAGGAAAUGUUUGUUUUGCCUUCUAUCCAUUGUUGUUGACACAAAUUGGAAUAAAAGUGAAGAAAUUAUCAAAAACAAUAAAGAAGGAAAGACGUAUAUCAUUGAAUGCAGUCACGCCCGACUCUAUUUCUGAAAGCAGUAACAGGUUAAACAAAUUAGACUAUUUGAAUUUAGAAUCGACAAAUCCAGUAUCAGUAUUUUCAACAUUAUUUUCACCUUUAUUUACCUUCUUCUACGGCGGGUCAAAAGGUUCACGUACCCUUAGAAUUUGGAUAAUAAUUAUCCCCAUGUGUUUAACAGCUACUCAUGUCUUAUUAGAUUAUAUAUAUGCUUAUGAUUUUACGAAAUCUGCGGUACAAAAAGGAGCUCUCCUAGGAUACAGUGCACUCUUAGCUGGGGUAAGCGAAGCAAGAAAAAAAUUUAUGUAUGUAUUCGGUGGCCCAGUUGUUACUUUCUCAAUUUGUGUUUCAUUUGGGUGUCUUUUGAUUGUGUUUCCCUCAAAUUUAGAAGAUUUUCUUGCUAUUGGUAUCACAAAACGCGUCAAGAAAUUUGUAUUUUUGACCAGAAUGCCAAUUAAGCUUAAAGAAAAUUUGUCAGGAAUAAAUGUCAGACAUCUGAAAGGAUGCAAAAAACUUCACCGACUCCUUCUAGCCCAGAUAUUUAUGUUAAUUCAUUCACGGUUUUGGAAGCAAUCAUUAAAGUUAUUCUAUUUAAGGUGGAAAAAUAUCAUCUUUUCAAUGAUGUACAAUAGAUUGCAAAACUUGUUUAUUGCCAUUAUGUUAAGUGCACUCCUGUUGCCUUUAUACAUCAUGUUCUGUGUCACUGAGUUAUUGCUAGCCGUUCUUUAUUAUCUCUUUCCAGUAGUCAACUGUUUUUUCAUUGUUUUGAAUUCUUUUUGUAUUCACUAUUUUGAGUGUUUCCAUCGUAGAGGUUUUGUAGUGAAAUGUUGUAAACAUAUUUUCUUCAUACCCAUGCUGAUCUUAUUUUCAAUUUCCUGGUAUACGUAUUGCUUGAUAUUCUUUGAUGGGUUUUGGUUUUUGUGUAGAAUUGUCAUGUUAACGUACAGUGGCAUCGUUGCGUAUCCACAAUUAUCUUACGGAUAUCUUGUUCUUGUCUUUAUGACUUUGUUUUAUGUGGCAGAGAGUAUCAAUGCAUUUGGAGAGAGUUAUAGAGAACUUUUAAAGGUAAGCUUAAAAGCUUGCGAAAAGUUUCAACAGAAGUAUGGUGAUGAUGCUGAAAUGGAUCAAAACAAACUUAAAAGCAUACAAACUAAAUAUGGCAUUAAGAGCGACCUUUUUGAUUUGAUCAUCCGCAGAAAUUUGCCAAGAAGAAAUCAACUAUUGAUUACGAUGUUAAAACUGACAUCGGUGAUAAUUGUGUUGAUAAUAUCUGUUCAGUUACUCGUGACAUUUGACAAGUUGAAAGAGCUAUCCCUCGUGACGCACGUGUUUACUGUUUUAUUUGUAUGUGCAUUACCGAAAAUUGUAAAAAUGAUGUGCUUUCAUAAACACAAAGAUAUGGCUCAAAGGAAAAUUAAACGAAAAGUUUUCAUAACGAUAACAGAAUACAUAAGAAACAAAAUGAAAGUACAUUCUAGACACUCUAGUGAUGAAUAUUGUAGCAUUUUUGUUUCAAGCUCUGGGUACGAAUCUUUUAUGAGCAGUGAUACAGAUAAUGAAUAAGUGUUGAUAAAAAUACGUAAAAAACAUGAGCAGGCUUUUUUAAAACAUUUUUUCAAACAACUACAUGUAUGUUUCACUAAAUGAGUAUUGAAAAUAAAUUAAUUGUUUCUUAUG